AUGGCCAUGAACAACUUUACCCCAUUUUUAGCUUCAUACAAUGAGCUUGUCGAGCAGUGGCGGUUGCGACUUCGUAUACUAAAGGGCAUGGAAAAGAAAGCAGUGGAUGAUGCAGAGCUUACACGGUUGAUUUGGGUUUUCAAACUGUCUUGCGUUGAGUUUCAAAAUUUUCAGACCAAGUUGGAUUACUUUAGCGCAGAAUCUCCAUCUGUUGAUCUCUUCAAUCACUGGCAAGAACUGAGCUCUGAUUUCAAUAAGAUUCGAGCUUGUUUUGCUGCUCUUGAACUGAGCAAUGACAGGUGCCACCGUUUCCGAAUGGCUAAACCAUCUCGUCUUACUACAGUCGAUCUAUCUAGCGCAUCUGUCGAUUUUUCCAAUAAUCAUGACAGCAGAUCGAAUACAGCCAAAAUGGGAGGCUCAAGAAUCCUUAAGAAUAAGCCAAGAAAGCUCAUAAUCUCCAUUCCUGUUCACAUCGUCGAGGGUUCGUUUUUCGACGGGUCCAAAAAAGCGCGGAUUGUAACAAGAGCGCCGGGGGAGUUGACCUUGAUCCUUCGAGUGAGCAAAGAGUAUCUAAGCUUAAAUGCGCGACCUCCAAUCGAUAUGGAAGAGGAAAUGCGACUUUCUGUUUUGCGGUGUCAGAAAGCCGAAGCAGAUGAGGCAAGAAAGCAAGCAGAGGCAGCUGUGGAGGCAGCUCGGAUAGCAGCGAUCCAAAAAGCAGAAUUUGAAGCAAAAGUUGCAGUCGAAAUUGAAGCAGAGGCCCAAGCAAAAGCUGCAGCAGAAUCUCAAGCAGAAGCUGAAGAGGAAGCUCAACUUCAGCAGGCCGCUAGCCAAUUUCCAUUCAAUUCUGAUGAUUCCGCUAGUCUAGAGAGCUGCAAGCAGGCUAUCAGUGAUGGCAGUAUGCCUGUACCAAUGUCAAGAUUUCAAACCCCCGGCAUGGAAGAAAUUCGACAAGCUCUAAUCACUACCACGAACCAGAUGUACCUCAGUCAUAAACAAACAGCCAAGGCUUCCAUGAUCAAGCGCCGAGUUAGGAAGCAGCUUAACCUUAGUCAGAACUUCUUUGAGGAGAAUGGUUGGCCAAAACGAUGUGAAAUAAUCAUCUUGAGGGCAUUCAAUGAGGCCUGGUCUUCUGGACUCUUGGGAUAUUAG